UAUCCACAGGCUGUAAAUAAAUGUUUAUUUUGGGAACAGAAGGGAAAUACUACUGACAUGGAUGUUUACAGAGGUAACUUAGAUUUCAUUCCAUUUCAGAUGUAUAGACUUUGUCUUAUGUACUGCAUUAUUUGGUUACUGUAUUAUUUCUGUGUGAAAAGCAGCCACUGAAAGCCAACAAAGAAAUGUUAAUGUGAAUAUAAUAUAUAUAUAUAAUGCUAAUAUAAAACCUCUCAUUUAAGAAUGCUAUACAUCCUUAGUGUUGUAAAAUAAAUUAAUGCAUAAUUAUCAAAAAACUUUAUUCUCACACUGUAAGCAUACCAUCAAUAUCUAUAAUCGUUGCAUCUCUAGUCUCCAAGGAGAAUAUCUCCAGAAACAAAGAUGAUGAUUGCCUGUUAAUAAUAACUGAUGAAGUUUGGACAGAUCUCUGCAUGUUAACUUAGCUUUCUCUCAUUCUGAGAAAUAUCCUUUUGCGCUCUUUGCUAGGAGUGAAUCAGUUUCAUUUCUGUACAGAAAAAGGUCCAGGACAUGGUUAAUGUAGCCUUGCACAAAGAACGGAUGCAGGGGGAAACUUCUAGCCUAACCCCAUCAAAAAAGAAAACAUAAAGCUUUAAAUAACUCAGUUAACAGUUAUAUUUAGUUAAAACUAUGCUUGAACCAGAUGACAAAAGGACAAGACAUUUGAGAUGCUACAUUCAAGUGUAUUUCUCAAAAUGUUGGACUGUUCCUUUAUCAAUGUAUAACAAUUGUAGUGAAAAUAAGUCUUCACAGCGAACAUGGAUUGUAAAUAUUUGGAAAUGUACAGAGCCAAGUCACUCUUCUAGUUCUUGGGAACUUCAGGGACUUUGACAUUUAAAGAUUUAAACACCAAAGAGUCAUGACAACUUCUCUCAGAUAUUUGGUAAUUUAUUUUCAAUAUUUACAUUUCCAAUGAACAAAGACAAAAUAAAUUAGAUAUGACAAGGAGAACAUGUCUAAUUAUAAAUUAGUGAAGCUGCAUUGGUUUAUUUAGUCAAGACACUGACAUGAUUGUUAAAAAUAACAGGUGGGAGCGAGGCAGUAAUCAAUGAUUGAAGCAACUUAGAACAUAAGUAUUCAAAUAAGGAAACGACUAGAUGAAGGGAUACUGCUACCUGAGAGCUGAAUGAGACUAUUUCUGGUAAGAAGACUUUGGAGGAGCUCAUGAACGUCAGUGGGGCUCUUAAUGGAGACAGGAUGGUCCAAAAAGAGGUUUGUGUGUUCUUUCACACAAACCAACAUCCUGUGGGUGGCUCUGUGUAUGAGGAGAGUGACAGAGGUGAAGAGGUUUAGGGGGAGCAGAGAGAAGCAGGCUGGAUGCACAUGUUGUGUAAUUAUUUAUGUGAGGAAUGUAAUGUCUAUGUUUGUGUGAUGAAAGAGGAUGUGCUGGUCUGACCCACCUCCUCCUUUUAGGAUGGAGCCUCGCGGAGUCCGAUGGUUAAGACCAGGUCUGAGGAAGUAUUCCUGUCAACUCACAAUCGACACAAACACAGUAAACAGAGAGAUCAAACUGUCUGACAACAACAGGAAGGUGACAUGUGUGAAGGAGGAUCAGCCAUAUUCUGAUCAUCCAGACAGGUUUGACUGCUAUAGGCAGCUGCUGUGUAGAGAUGGUCUCACUGGUCGCUGUUACUGGGAGGUUGAAAGGAGAGGAACUGUUGAAAUAUCAGUGAGCUACAAAGGAAUCAGCAGGAGAGGAAACAGAGAAGAUUGUGUGUUUGGAAUGAAUGAUCAGUCCUGGAGUCUGAGGUGUUCUGAUGAUGGUGGUUACUGUGUCUGGCACAAUAACAGAGCCUCAUCCAUCUCCUCCUCCUCCUCCUCCUCUUCCUCUUCCUCUUCCUCUUCCUCUUCCUCUUCCUCUUCCUCUUCCUCUUCCUCCUCCUCCUCCUCCUCCUCCUCUGGUAAGGUAGCAGUGUAUUUGGACUGUCCUGCUGGCACUGUGUCCUUUUUCAGAGUCUUCACUGACACACUGAUCCACCUCCACACCUUCAACACCACAUUUACUGAACCUCUUUAUCCUGGCUUUGGGUUCAGGUUCUGGUCCAGUUCUGGUCCCUCUUCAGUGUCUCUCUGUUCUCUGGAGGAGGGGGGAGUCUCCUUCUGUUAGAGAACAGAUCAGUUGAGUCUUUACAGGAUCACAGUUGCAGAAAUGUUUCAAGUUAUUGUAAUAAAUUCAAUGAACUUUGGAUGAUGGAAAUUCUGUCAUGGUUAAAAUUGUUUUUUUUUUUUUUUUAAAGAAAUGUUUCAACAAACUCAGGAGGACUUUGUAAGAAAAAGGGAAAUAUCUUCAAACAUGUCUGAACAGAAAAAUAAAUAGCUAAUAAUUAAUGAAAGAUAAUGACGGUGUGAAAUAAAAUAAUAGUGUUUGAUGUUGAUUAAGGAUUCACAACAAUUAAUAUAAGUUUAUGUUCACAUCAAUGUCUUAUUCAGCAUAAAAAGUAAAUGUUACCUUUAGGUGUGUUAUUUUUCUCAUCUGAAUCUGCAGAAGCAGCAGUAAGGCUGUCAUUCUUGGACAUACAAUUCAUAUAUUACUUAAAUUAACGAUCAAUUACUUUUUGUGUCCCCUGGUUAUCUUCAACCAAAUCAAGUUGCCCUUGAUUUUGACCUUACUUGGAUUACUAUGACCUGGAUGACUUCACACACACCACCUGGUUAUUUUUUUCAGUAAAUAUUGUGUUUAUUUUCAGUCUGUCACCGGAUUAUUUUUUAAAGUGUACCCCUUGGUUUUCCCUAAUAAUAAUAAUGAUAAAAAUUAUAUCUUAUAUUUUUAUCACGCCUUUUAAGGCACCCAAGGAUGCUUUACACAUAACUACAGAGACACAAUCAACAACAGACAACAAAAGGAGGUCAUUCUAGAUUAUAAGAGGUGGGUUUUUUACAUUAACAUUCUCACUGCUGAACAGAUGAGUUGUGUCUGUACAGGAUCACAGUUACAGAAAUCUUUUAGGUUAUUGUAAUAAAUUCAUCAAAGUGA